AUGGAUGAGGUAACUGCACUGCGGAAGCGCGUGGUUGACCUCCAAGUACAGUCUCUAGGAUCCUCGUUUACGCAGGAAGAAAUUACCUCCAUUGAGGAUGGCAUCCGGUUCGACGCCGCACAGCUCCUACAUCGAUUGUUUCCGUAUCAGUCUGUUAAGCAGCACUACAACGGCUCGACCAUUUGCGGGGAUUCUGGUCGCUUUCAAGCCAACAUAGCAUUCAUUACUCGAUUACGGGCCGCAAUUUUAAACGCGGCUGAGGUCCAACAAGCGGUGAAGAACGGCUCUUUCGAUCGCGCUGAAAGUGAUCUCGAAGGGCUUGGAAGGCUAUCUCCACCAGAAAUAGACACAAAGAGAUAUAGCUGCGACUCAGACGAUGAUAGGAGGAGCAGGUCAGCAAAACAGAAGGCCCAAACGCUCCAUGUAACAAUUUCAGAGUCAGAGCAGGAGCUUUUACGUUUGCAAGCAGAGUAUGCGUCCCUCAACGUUGUCCGGCAGGAGCGAGACGACUAUGAGGAACAAGAGUUAUUACAGGUUGAGGAAGCACUUGCCGCCAUAACACGAAACUCUGAGUCGGCACUUCAGCAAGUCAUGGUUUCUCUUGCCUAUGCACAUGCACUCAUAGAAUUCACUUCCUUGUCAUCAGAAACGAAGACGGAGUACAUCAAAUUAGCAAGCACAUGUGACAGUGAGGCGCGCAGAGCCGUUCUUGGCGCUGAAAUGAGUGCCGUGUCAGAUCAUGUACCAGACGGAAGGGCGUUGGCGUCUAAAGUAGAGUUGGUGAGAACGGGACUGAUAAAGCUAUUUGGAGAGGACGUUGUUGACCAAGGAUUUACAGACCUCUUAGCUAUACAAAGAGAGAGAGUCAUCGAUGCCAUUGCUGAUUCAGUCGAUAACGUUCUGGAAGCCGUAAUGGAAACAUGGCCUCGAUCACAUGCUAAGCGUGAGACAAACACGGCAAAUGCAUUUGAGUCGUACGAUAUCCCUCAAGACCUUGGCUCACUUACAACUUCAGACCUUAAGGCCCCCAACAUGUCACGGACAGUGGCCGCCGACGAAGUGGUUGCCAAGCCAUAUGUGCCAGAAACUUGUAAAGUUCGGUACCCCCGACUCCCUAUUCCUAGUGGAGAUGUGGGUGAGACAGAUAGUGUGCUUUCUAUAUGCGUCGAUGAGCAAAAUCUACGUAAGCAAGGUCCUGGCUCAAAGAAAAGCGAUCACUCGGAAGCAAAAGCAUGCUCUACUCUGGAAUCAGGGUCCCAUGUCCCAGAGGUUUCAAACAUAUCCGUCCUCAAACCAACUGACUCUCCGCGACUCCAAAUUGAGCGGGCCGAACGUGAACGCGUCACUAUCUAUACAAAACUACGUGAAACAAUCACGCAACGAAUUGAAAAGGGUGUCCGACAGACUACGCCACCUGAUGCAAGCCCUAUUGAGGGCCCAAGUGUUCUAUCAGCGAUAAGAAACCGUGCAUCCGCCCCAUCUACACCAGGCACUCAGCUCGAAGAUGUCAAAAACACAACCAAAGUAUCGCAUCCUCCACGCCAUGAUAGCGUUGAUGAACUGAUUAGCACGGUAAAUAAGCAUAUGCAAAGGCUUGAGUCCUUAACUAGUAGCAACACAUUCAGCGCCGUUCCCGCAGUCCAGAGUCCCGAAAUUGAAGUAUUAUUUAGCAGACCUCAGCUGGAUAAAAUAAGCAUUGAUAGGCGUGUGAGCAGCACAAGCCACGUCAGCCCAGAGCAACUGCAAGCUGAUACACCACUUAGAGAUACUUCGGAGCUAGAAAAUGUUACUGAAGAUUACACCUUUAGUCAAUUACAAGCAAAUGAUAAUGAUAACGAUAACAAUGACGAGGAGACCAGCAACAACAGUAAGAGCUACCCUACACUCACGUUCGACACAGCCUACGAUCAAGAUUCACUGCCACAAUUCCUGCGUGGAGAAGACUCUUCACAGAAAUCUAUUAUUGCGGAAAAGGAAGAGACUAUUCUACGCCGGGAAGAAAUGCGCAAACAGCUCGAGGCCUUAUAUAGGCAACGGGAGCUUAUUCUACAACAGAAAAAGCAGAAGACCCAACAGAAAGAGACAAAGAAGAUAGAUUAUCGGAGUGAGCGAAAACUUACGCCAGAUAUAACUGCAACUGAAGCAAAACGCAAGGCCUCCCAAGAGAGGAUAGAUAAGCUUGCGACCCCUCGGAGGCGCUUCGACACCCCAAAAAGAGAUGAAAAGAAUGACGAGCAAAGCUCCCAAUCCAGCACCACUAUUGCCCAAAGCACUAGAACGCCUCAGAAGAGGACAACAUCUGCGCGUAGCUGUACACGAGAAACCCCAAAACGCGAUAAGCAGCACGUGUCUUUUAACAGCAAUUCCCACACUGAAGCUCGGGAAUCCACUUCUAAACCAAGUGGAAUAUCCGUGGGAGCCUACCCGUCCAGCAUCUAUCUUGAAGAAACUGACGAGUUAGAUGUCGAUAGCCAGAGCAUGACAAGACCAGCACGCUCAAGACCAGACUCUGGCGGAAAAUCCAGGCUGCCCCGGCCUAUAUUAACUGAUGACCUUUCUUUAGCAGCACACAAUCCCAGACCUCCUUUGCCGUCGUAUCUAGAGUCCCCACCCACAGUUGAUCUCCCAGGAAGUAAGCACAGCGCAUCAACGCGCACUCACAGUAGGCACCAAACGAGAUCUACCACUCCACCAUCUACCAUGCCGCUCAGCGCAACGUAUAACUUCGAGCACAGCGGCUCCUAUAUGCCUCUUAGAAGAGAGAGGACACUACCGCAUAGCUCUGUCAUUCAUCCAGUGAUUGGACCAAUCCUUUCCCCGCUAAGAUCAAAAAUUCUAUCUGAGACUCAAUUUGAAAUAGAACGUAAGAAGGCGAUAAGGAGACGGAAGGAGUAUGAGCGGAAGGAAAAGGAGCGACGCGCAGGGGAGACGACAGUGAAGGAGGAGCUUCUCAAACAAAGGGAUCAGAGAAUACGAGAUUUUGUAAAGAGAAUGGAAGGCGGCAAUUUCCAGGAGAAGACCUUCAAAAAGCUUUUGGACAAGAGAUCCACUGGGGCUACUUCCGGACAAUCCGGUAGUUUGGAUCAGACCACCAGAGCACGAUCCAAAAAUAGGUUUGAUGCAGAAGAAGAGGAGCAGGGUGCCAAACGCAACAAUAUCGAUGACCGGCUGACCAGGGCGAGUGAAGCUGGAUACGAUUGCAUGGAUGAUGGUCUGAAGAGUAUUCUUUCGGACAUUGAGCACGAUCUUUUCGACUAA